CCGCACAGACGCCACAUUCCGUCACUCAUUCUCCCCUUUUAGCCUUUUAAAUCCUGUUUUAUUUCACCUCCAUCCCCUCUGUUAGCACUCUUUCAACCGUCUGUGGACAUUUGCGGACUGGGCUUGUUUGUGUGUGAGACCUCCGGAGAAGCACCGCGGGAAGUGAGUCAAAGUUCUCCCCGUCCUGUGUGAGGGAUGAGCGGACUGUUGGACCGCCAGGAGUCGGUGCUCGAAUAAAUACGAGGACGGACCGCCAGGAGUUUUUAUUUUUUAUUUUAAUCGCCGCCGAAAUGGAGCAAAGUGACGUUCCAGCCCCUGCAUCUCCCCGUGAAGUGCUGAAGCGGAAGACGAGCAGGCCUGAGCCGGAGGGGGCGAGCAGUCCCCACAAGAGCGCCCAGAGGAUGGAGUCGCCGGGCAGGAAGGAGGCGGAGCGGAGACUGACCAAAGCUGACGUGAUCCCAGGCUCGCCCGCCUCACCCGCCUUGAGAUCGAAAAGAGACACGGUCAAGUCAGAGGAGAGGCAGCAGCUGGCUAAGGAGCGCAGAGAGGAGAAAGCCAAAUAUGUGGAAGAGCUCAGCAAGCUACAAGCGGCAAAGAAGAGUCAGUGGGUGGAGAAGGAGGAGAAGGCCCGGCAGCAGAGGGAGAAGCAGCUGGAGGAGCGGCGCAGGAGGCUGGAGGAGCAGCGCAUCAUGGCCGAGAAGCGCCGGGCCGCCUUGGAGGAGAGGCAGAAGCAGAAGCUUGAGAAGAACAAAGAACGCUACGAGGCCGCCAUCCACCGCUCAACCAAGAAGACGUGGGCUGAAAUCCGCCAGCAGAGAUGGUCCUGGGCUGGGAAUCAGAACCAGAAGGAAAGCAGAGGCUGUGUUUCCACCGUCAACCUGCCCAAACACGUGGACUCGGUCAUAAACAAGCGACUCUCCAAGUCCUCCGCCACGCUCUGGAACUCCCCCGGCAGAACCCGCAACGUGACACUGAGCCGCUGGGAGAGCAGCAUCGUGGACCGCCUGAUGACGCCCACCUUGUCUUUCCUGGCCCGCAGCCGCAGCGCCGCCAGCGUGCUGCCCAACGGAAAAGACGGCCAGUCUCCACUGUGCCCCCGCUCGUCCUCCGCCAGCCCGCUGGCACUGUGCACCCACCAACCCCAUCACCGCUGCUCUGAACGCUGGAGGGUGACGUCCAGCACGCCCGAUAUCGCUCACCGACGCAGCUCCACACCCAUGGACAGGACCAAAAAAGAGAAGAGAGACAAGGAGCGGGAGAAUGAAAAGGAGAAAAAUGCGCUGACAAAAGAGAAGUUUCUCAAGAAGAGGCAGUCUGUUCCCAGCAUGAGACACAGAUCAGAGCUCAGCCCCAGCCCGCUAUCCAGGCCGCGGCCGUCGUCGCCUGCCGCGGCGAAGGUCAGGCCCGCCUCCCCGAGCCCCGCCUCCUCCCCGAAGCCUCCGUCCGCGCGCGGCAGCCCGUCGACCCCGAAAGGGCGGCCCAGGAGGGCGAGGACCCCCGCCCGGGUGGACCACCGCACCUCCUCACCCAUCCCCCUGGAGAGAGUGAGGGAGCCCCGCAGGCCGCUCACGCCGGACAACAGUCGCCGUUCUCCUCUGGUUCCUGCGUCCAACAUCUCCGCUUCUCUGGCCGCCUCCCCCUCGCCUGAGCCGCUCAGGAGAGACGUCCCUCCGGUCCAGGCGGCCUCACCCUCCAAGCCCAUGGCGGGCACCAACGACCCGGAGGAGGCGGCACGCAUCCUGGCCGAGAAGCGGCGGCAGGCUCGCGAGCAAAGAGAGCGGGAGGAGCAGGAGCGACGCCAGCAGGAGGAGACAGAGAGGAUCCUGAGAGAGGAGCGACUGGCGAGAGAGGCGGAGGAUCAGCGUCGCCGCGAGGAGGAGGCCCUCGCCAUGGCCCAGGAGCAGCAGAAGAGGGACGAAGCCCGGCGGCUGCAGGAGGAGAAGGAGGCCGAGGAGCGGGCCAAGGCCGAGCACCAGGAGAACCUCCGCUUGCAGAAACAGAAGGAAGAAGCCGAGGCUAAAUCUCGCGAGGAGGCGGAGAAGCAGCGUGUGGAGAGGGACAGACACUUCCAGAAGGAGGAGCAGGAGAGGCUGGAGAGGAAGAAGCGCCUGGAGGAGAUCAUGAAGAGGACGCGCAAGACGGACGCAGGUGAAAAGAAGGAGACUAAAUCCCCGUCGCCUCCUCCAGUCAGCAAGGCAGAAUGCAGCCAAGAAUCUGCCCAACAACAACCCGCCUACAACAACAACAACAAAACAGAGCAUGGCCAGAGUGGCGUGAGACAAAGCCCCCCGACCCAGACCUUGAACGGGGUCCAGCUGGGCGUGAGACACGAGAACGGCUUGUCCGGCAAAGGAGACGCCGCCAGCUUUGAGGAGAUCAUCAUUAACGCCGCCAACGGGGCGAAGGGCAGGUCCGAGACCGGCAUGGCCCCUGAGGACAUCCUGGGGUUUGAGAGCGAGGACACCUUCAUGAAGAAGGCGGGGCCAUUGAAACCGCAACAUGUUGCAGAGGUGCUGUGACGGCGCGGUGGUCCCGUGUCAAAGCAUUUGGCCUCACACCGGAAGACGCCAUGUUCUGAACCCUCAAUAACGGUCUCUGAAGAUGAAUGGAUGGGAGGGCGCCAUCACCUGACAGGAUGUGAGAUGUUGCCGCAGAAAGCAGUCCGUGCACCUUAUUCCACUUUGUACAGGACAGCCCGGCUAAUGCGUGUUCAACUUUGAUGUGAACACAUGAAGCUAGAAAACACACUGAAGGGAUUUGCUGUGUCAAAAUGCUGAUUGUUCGUAUGGGAGGCAUUCAUGAGUGUACACCUUUAAUAGGUCCAAUCUACAUAAAUAGACAUUUCUAUUUAAAAGCUGUUUCUCUUCCUCGUGACAAAUGCGCAAGACGUUUGCUUCCGGACUGAUCGGGAUGUGUACAUGCUAUAAAUAUAUUUUGACGUGCGCUGUCAAGGUCGUUGGGAAGUCUUUCAAGUCUUAUUAAAAGACAAACUGU